GAUCAAUGACGACAUAGAUUAGUCUUAUAGGGUGCGUGCGUUCGGAGAGCUUGUGAACGCGCGCACAUGGCCGCCGUGACUUGGCGCCCCGGUCUCCGUCCACCUGUACCAGCACUAUACAACUCCUCCGGCAAGAGCGGGUCCCGUCCCACCACGGUGCGUGCAUCCAUCCACCAUCCCCCCUGCCUCUGCCUGGAAUGGAACCCCGCUAAAAGGCAGCAGCCACCAACAGACCACACCCCGCACCAGGCACCACCAGCAAAUUCACACGCUCGCGCGCAGCAGCAGCCAUGAACCGCCUGACGCCGCCGUACGGGACGAUGCCGCCGCCAGGGCAGGGGCUGGCGCGCUACGGCUCCGCCCCGGGCUCGCUCCUCGCCGCCAUCGCCGCUUCCGUCACCCGUGGCGAGCCCCCGCCGCCGCCCGUGAGCCGGUUCUUCUCCGGCGAGUCCUCCGGGCUCACCUCCUGCGAAUCCAGCUGCCGGACGGACGGCGGCCGCCCCACGCUCGAGCGGGCGUACGGCGGCUCCGGCGAGAUCCGCGUGCCGCCGCCGCCGCAGCAGCAGCAGCAUCCGGCAUCGCAGGUGGGCCAGCACGGGGGCCCGGGGGUCUCCCCGCUCUUCAGACACAGCAGCUCCCCCGCCGGGCUGCUCUCCGGCCUCAUGGCCGACCCGCACGGCAUGGCUGCGACGAGAGGGAUGGGGAGCUACUCGCAGGCGGGCACCGGCGCCGCACUGGCUCACGACCGCAGGCAGCUGAGCUCGCAGUGGAGCUUCUCGAGGCGGGACCUGCCGCAGAUAUCGGAGAUGGGGAUGAUACCGGACAUCGGCGAGAGCAUCGUUGCAGGUGGAUGCAACAGCUCCAGCGACGGUGGCGCGCAGUCCUCCUACCUCUCCAGGAACUUCUCGGUCAGCUCGUGGGACGACACCAACUCGAUCAUGUUCUCCUCCCCGAGCAAGAAGCCCAAGGUGGACGCUGCCGACGACAUUGUCACCAGCUUGAGUAACAUCGACUCGCAGUUUGGCUUGUCAAAGUCGUCGUUGGAGAUGUCCGGCAUGGAUGAUUACCUGCAGAUGCAGCAGGACUCCAUCGCUUGCAGAGCCCGUGCAAAGCGUGGGUGCGCAACUCACCCGCGAAGCAUCGCUGAGAGGGAAAGAAGAACAAGGAUUAGCAAGAGGCUGAAGAAGCUGCAAGAUCUUGUGCCUAACAUGGACAAGGUAAAUUAAGUUGAAUCGCAAUAGCUAUAAUCGUUUCUAUCCAUAGGUUCUCUGUUCUCCUUUGUGGCAAUGCAUUUCAUCAUUAUGCAUUUGUUCCAUAUCUUCACACAGUUUGGCCACGAAUUUGCGGAAUCACCCACCCAAUCCUGCUAUUCCCUCUUUUUUCCAAUGCCCCUUUUCCGUUGCAUCACAAAAACCGGAAUCAAGUCUGCAUUGCAGCAAUAAGAUCCUGUUAUUCUGAAUCGAUUUUGUACAAUUGUUCGUUAAUAAAGGCGAUGUGGUAUGCUAAUGUUUCUCUUGAAUAUGCAGCAAACAAAUACGUCAGACAUGUUGGAUCUUGCUGUAGAGUACAUCAAAGAGCUAAAGGACCAAGUUGAG